AUAUGAAGAACAGCUGCAGGACUUGGGUUUGGCUAGUCUAAAGAAAAGAAGAAACGGGUGACAUGAUAGCAGUAUUCCAACAUUUGAGGGGCUGCCACAAAGAAGAGGGGAGACUGAGGCUUUGAGAACAUAUGCUACCUUAAUCCAUGGCCUUCAGACCUUUUUGGUCAGGACAAACUAAAUCGUUAUGGAAUUAUCCUCCAUCUUAAAGGUGGUUUGACUCAUUUGAUGUACUAAGAUUAAGAGGAAAUGAAUUAAAAAAAGUCACUGAUCGUAAAAAGAACCAAGCUGAGUUUGAUUAUGCCUGUCUCUAUCGUUGUGCAUACAAAAUCGUAAUAAAGCUCCUUCUUUUUCUGGAAGUGUUCCAUAGUUUCAAUGUAGUCAGUUUCUCCCUUGGUGGGAACUCUUGCUUCAUCCAUCUUGCACCUCCAUAAGUGGGAGCCCUUUUUUCUCCUGCUAUAGCAUUUAACAUCCAAAAUUUAUGGUGGUACUCUGAGUGGAUAAUCAUGACCAUUUGCCUUGGUGGGCAGUGAAGAGUAGAAACACUAGUGGCAUGGAAGUGCCCUAUCAUUCCCAACAGCCAUUUAACUUUAACUCCUUAUCUGCCACUUCCCAGAUGUGUGUUUCAAUUCCCCAAACUUCCAUGCAGCAUAACAAGUACUAAGGAAUAAUUCUUAGAGUUGCUAGGUUGUAUUGUUGUUGUUGUUAGAUUUAUGUCUUGCCUCAGCAACAACCCUAUAAAAUACAUUGAGCUGAGUGAACGAUACUGAUCAAAGUCACCCAGUGACUACAUCUACUCAGUUCUAACCUAAUCCUUAACCAUUACCCCACUGAACCUCAAUAGGAUGUUCCAGCAAAGAUGACCCCUAUGUGUUUUGGAGUUAGCAAAUUGGGGGGGGGGGGACCACCGGUGUAAAGACUUUGCAUUCUCAGCGCUAAUGAAUAUACUGAGGAUUCUACUUGCCAUCUGCAUUUAAAAGAGAUCUAGGAUAUUUCUCUUGAGAGUAAGGUUAUUUUAGAGCUAAAGGAGCUUCAGAAAAAGUUGUCUGCAUGUAUAAAAAAUAAUGAGCAAGUGUGCUGAAGAAUUGAAGGCUUCUCCUUGCUGCCAUCACUUGGCAGCUCAUUAAGCAUUUCCUCAUUGGGUUGAGCGAAUGCGGAUGUAGGGCACUGUUUGAGGUUUUACAUGAAAAGAAACAUGCUCACACGGAUGAGUACUUACAUAGAUAAAGUUUCCUCUUAUAAACAGAUCUGCUUCCUCUGUUCUCUGCUGACGCAGAUAUGGUCGGGGGAGGGCAGAGGUUGGCAGCAAUAUUUAUUAGCCCCAUGCUAAAGACCAGGAUGGAUGGGACUUCUUUAGGAAGAGGGUCCGGCUCCAUGAGCAGAUCUUUCUGAGACCAUCAACAGUUGUCUUGGAUGGAUCCCCAAAGGUGCUGCCUGGCCUUCCAAGUCUGGGAUCUUGUUCUAGAUCCAACAUGGCUUCCGAUGACAUGGCAGACAGCACUAACAAGACCAGUUCCAGCAUUUCAGAAGUGCUGCACCUCUGUCAGAUUGAUGCUGAGACCAUUCUUGGCAACUUGGGAUUCACAGAGGAAUUAGCACAGGCUGCCACUUGGAUCCCUGAUCGGUUCUUCUCUGUUCCAUCCCAAGCUGAGGGCAUCAAUUUCCCUCUCUUUCUAAGAGCCCAGAUCCAGCGGAUUGAGAUGGAGGAUCCUUGCCUGAUGUUAGUAAGUCGGUUCAGAGAUGUUCAAACUCUGGGUGCAACAGCUGAUGAUUGCUUCUGCCUCUAUUCAUAUAUAACUAAGACCUCAGUGCAGGAGAUCCCACCUGGCCGCUUGUUCUGGGCCUUUCCAGAAGUCCCGAAUUCCUGGAAUAAUCCUUCCCAGCCAGAGUCUUCAUCUCCUCUGCUUGCCCUGCAAAAAGCUAUGCAAUUGUGCACCCCAUCCUGGAAAGAAUGGCCCCCGAGAGCAUUCGGUGUGCAGUCCCCUGUGAAUUGCCUGGAACAGAAAAUGUGGGACGUGACACACAAGGCUCACAAAGGUCGAUUUUCGUUUAACAUGGAGGAUCUGGAAGAUGAAACUCAAGCAGUGCCUACGAGAACCUCAGUUUGUCACAGUAGAAUGGGCAGAAGAGUAGCUUCUUCACAGUCUGCCUUCGUAGAGACACCACUGGUGAUUUCUCCCUGCAGCCACUGUGAAACUCCAUAUUAUUCUUGGAAAAAUGCAGAAAUAUCCUUGCCAGGAUGGCUUUCUUUCCACUUCGGUGGGACAAGAAAGAAGUUGGUCAAUGUUGCCCCUCAAGGGUUAUGCCAUUUUGGACAUCAUUCUUCCCCAGAGGCUACCUCUCUAGAUGAAACCAGUGAAGAAUCUGAUGAAGAGUAACCCGUUGAGAGGAGAAGAGACCUGUAUGGGUCUAUUAAUAGAACUGACAUAGAGUUAUAAUUUAGUGUGUGCACAAAAACCAGGAAUCCAACUUUUCCAAUAUGAUCUUUGUUGUGUAGUGUUUCUACCAGGGUGCUGAUGCCCGGUCUUACCCCUUAGUGACUCAAGCUCUUUGGUUCUUCAGCUCUUUUCUUUCUAACAGCAUAAUCCCACCUUCAUCCGCCAGUGUUGUGUAGUGGGAACAAUGAGGCAUUGAAGACACAGGAGUGAAAGUAACUGCUUGUUUAUUCAAUCCACAACAGAAGCGGCUCUAGCAGCCACUUGAUUUAUAUUUAUACGGACUGCCACUAGGCAGCAGCCAAUGAGUUUAAAGCGAACAUUCCCACCUAAAACACAGGCUUGCAAUAUAUACAGACAGACAGUUAAGGAUUUCAAUUGAACCACUUAGUUAACCGUUUUUAUAACAGACCUUAUGAAAUUGGUUUAAUACAUAACAAUCUUAAUCAUGUUCUCUGUGGUCAAAUUCCAUGUAUUUAAGCUCUAGCACCAUACUGGUGCUCUGAAGAUUAAUAGUAGAGGCCUACUUUAAACAGAUAAUGCGAAGCUGACUUAAUUGUUGGUAAAGUUGCUUGAGGUCAUUUAUUAUUAUUUGUAUUAUUAGGUUCAAUAACUUUUGGAGAUCUGAAUUCAGCACAAAUCUUUGCUGGAGGAUGUGCACCUGAAGAUAAGCAAAAUAUUACUAAUCACGUUGCGGAAUGUCCCACUCAAAAAAAAAAAUGCAAGUAUUUAUACUAGUGACUUGGAUGCAAAACAUGGGUUUAGUCCAGCAACAUGUGAAUGCUAAAAGUCUUUUCCUUUAUCAUCUCCGAAGUAAAAGCUGGAGUAAUUAAGAAUACAUGAAUACAAAAAAAGCCUCAUUUCUAUCUGAACUACAUCUUGGAGAGAGAGCAAGAGACUAACAAUAGGCUAGAUGAGAAACAAGUGCGAGAACAACUGUGGAAAUGCUUCCCUUUAUCCAUCUAGUUCCGGGGUAGGCAACCUUGGCUCUUUUAUGACUUGUGGACUUCAACUCCCAGAAUUCCUGAGUCAGCAUGGCUGACUCAGGAAUUCUGGGUAUUGAAGUCCCCUGAUCUAGUUCAAAUAGCUUAUAGUACAAAGAGAUAUAAUCUCCAACAGAAAUAAGGGUCCUGCAGAUUAUGCAACAUUUUGAAUAGUGAUAAUUUUAUUAAAUGGUCCAAUAGCCCAAAAUCAUUUGUUCUGGAGUGAUUUGGGGGUCAGAUUCUUUCCCAGGCAUGCUUUCCAUAAUUCUUCAUAUUGGAUGAAAUAUUGGAUCUCCUGCACAUAAAUACUAUUCUCUACAGCUGAGCUAUGCUCCUAUUAGUAUUUUUUUUUAAUGGAGGCUUCUGCAUCUCUAUCCAAGGAUCUAGAAAGCCAUUGCCAAAAUUAACAUUUGUAGACACUUGGGAAAACUUUCAGAACCUUCUGAAAUCACAGAGCUAUAGCUCAAUGACAAAUUACCACAAAAUGGAGGGUCAAUUUCCAACUGAUCUUUCUUAACAGGAAAGAAAUAUAUAUAAGGCAUUUGAAAGGAAAAAAUAUGUGUACCAAAGUUAUUUCUAAAAAAGAGAAAGAGCUCCCUCCUUCCAUUUGGUUUAAAUCAUAGAAAUUCACAAUUGGUUGCAUUAACGUCAGGCUAUUUUCCCAAACGGUGUGAAUUGGUAACCGUACUUCUGUAAUGAAAAGACUUGAAUUGUGGUUUUGUUCCAGAAUAGCACCCUUUAUUUCAACAUUCCUUAACAAUGAAAGAGUAAUGAAGUUAGGAUUCCCACCUUUGCCUGAGCAGCAAUCCUGAGAUGCCGCCAAAAAGCACCAUUUCACAGAACUGUUAUAUUUGCAGUUCACACGUCUGUACAAUGCAGCAUAAUGUUGUAAAAUAAAAUUAAAAACGUCAUCAAUUUUA